GGAGAAGGACGGGACCGGGACGCUGCGGCCAGAGGAGGUGGUGAAGGAGGAGGAGGACACCCGGGAGGCGGCGGCGGCGGCGGCAGGGAAGUGAAAGGUCUCGCAAAGUUCAGUGGAGGUUGCAGGCGGCGAGCCCCGGGCUAGCAGUGGCGGAGGAGCCCGCAGGACCCGCUCGGCGGGGCAGCGCGGCUAGACUGGCUAUGGUCCCGGGGCUGCCGCCGCCCCCGAGGUGCCCGGGCCCCGCCAGUCCGGUGCGCGAGGGUCACCCUGCCGCCCCGCGCGGCCCGGGUCAGCGGCCCCGCGCCGCAGGCGCCCACUGAUCGAGUUCAGCGCCGCAGGAGCGGAAGAAAUCCUCCAGCGGACCUGCUGGUGCUUCGUCUCGCAGCCAAGAGGUCCCGGCUGCCCGCACCCGGCCAGCCCAGCUGCUCCCGGCUGCUCCCGGCCAUGGGGAGCUGCGCGCGGUUGCUGCUACUCUGGGGCUGCUCGGCUGUGGCCGCAGGACUGAGUGGAGUAGCUGGAGCAAGUUCCCGCUGUGAAAAAGCCUGCAACCCUCGAAUGGGCAAUUUGGCUUUGGGGAGAAGACUCUGGGCAGAUACCACAUGUGGUCAGAAUGCUACAGAACUGUACUGCUUCUACAGCGAGAAUGCCGAUCUUACCUGCCGGCAGCCCAAAUGUGACAAGUGCAAUGCUGCCCAUCCCCACCUGGCUCACCUGCCAUCAGCCAUGGCAGAUUCCUCCUUCCGGUUCCCACGCACGUGGUGGCAGUCUGCAGAGGAUGUGCACAGAGAAAAGAUCCAGUUAGACUUGGAAGCUGAAUUCUACUUCACCCACCUCAUUAUGGUGUUCAAGUCCCCCCGGCCAGCAGCCAUGGUGUUGGACCGGUCUCAGGACUUUGGGAAGACCUGGAAGCCUUACAAAUACUUUGCAACCAACUGCUCGGCGACCUUCGGCCUGGAAGAUGACGUUGUCAAGAAAGGGGCUCUCUGUACUUCUAGAUACUCCAGUCCUUUCCCAUGCACUGGAGGAGAGGUUAUUUUCAGAGCACUGUCGCCGCCAUAUGAUGCCGAGAACCCCUAUAGUGCCAAAGUUCAGGAGCAGCUGAAGAUCACCAAUCUCCGGGUGCAACUGCUGAAAAGACAGUCUUGUCCUUGUCAGAGAAAUGACCUGAACACCAAGCCGCAACACUUCACACACUAUGCAAUCUAUGAUUUCAUUGUCAAGGGCAGCUGCUUCUGCAAUGGCCAUGCUGAUCAGUGUGUACCUGUGGAUGGCUUCAGACCUGUCAAGGCUCCGGGAGCAUUCCAUGUGGUUCAUGGGAAGUGUAUGUGUAAGCACAACACAGCAGGCAGCCACUGCCAGCACUGUGCGCCAUUAUACAAUGACCGGCCCUGGGAGGCAGCUGAUGGCAGAACAGGGGCUCCUAAAGAGUGCAGAACCUGCAAGUGCAACGGGCAUGCUGAUGCCUGCCACUUUGACAUCAAUGUGUGGGAGGCAUCAGGGAACCAGAGCGGUGGCGUGUGCAACAACUGUCAGCACAACACAGAAGGCCAGCACUGCCAGCGCUGUAAGCCAGGCUUCUACCGUGACCUCCGGAGGCCCUUCUCUGCUCCGGAUGCUUGCAAAGUAUGUUCCUGCCAUCCUGUUGGAUCUGCUGUCCUUCCUUUCAGCUCAGUGACCUUCUGUGACCCCAGCAAUGGGGACUGCCCAUGCAAGCCUGGGGUGGCUGGACCACAUUGUGACAGGUGCAUGGUGGGAUACUGGGGCUUUGGAGACUACGGCUGCAGACCUUGUGACUGUGCAGGGAGCUGCGAUCCUCUCACAGGAGACUGUACCAGCAGCAGCACAGACAUCGACUGGUAUCAUGAAAUGCCUGACUUCUACCCCACACACAAUAAGAGUGAGCCAACCUGGGAGUGGGAGGAUGAGCAAGGCUUUUCGGCACUUCGACACUCAGGUAAAUGUGAAUGUAAGGAACAGGUGUUAGGAAACCCCAAGGCAUUCUGUGGAAUGAAAUAUUCAUACGUGCUCAAAAUAAAGAUUUUAUCAGCUCACGAUAAGGGUUCUCAUGCUGAGGUCAAUGUGAAGAUAAAAAAAGUCUUGAAGUCUACCAAGCUGAAGAUUUUACGAGGAAAGCGGACCUUGUAUCCAGAGUCUUGGACUAACCGAGGUUGCACCUGUCCAAUCCUCAAUCCUGGCUUGGAGUAUCUUGUAGCCGGACAUGAAGAUGUAAGAACAGGCAAACUAGUUGUAAAUAUGAAAAGUUUUGUCCAGCACUGGAAACCAUCUCUUGGGAGAAAAGUCAUGGAUAUUUUAAAAAGAGAAUGCAAGUAGCAAUAAAGGUAUAUAGGAAAGAAAGAAGGAAGGAAGGAAGGAAAGAAAGAGAGAGAAAGAAAGAAAGAAAGAAAGAAAGAAAGAAAGAAAGAAAGAAAGAAAGAAAGAAAGAAAGAAAGAAAGAAAGAAAGAAAGAAAGAAAGAAAGAAAGAAAGAAAGAAAGAGGCACUUGUUUGCAUACAAAACAUGAACUGAAUGGAAAGGAGACCUGAAAAUCAAACUGGAAUUAUUGAAAGUGCCAAAAUGGAAUGUUCCAGUGCAUUGGCCUAGCCUAACCUCUCUCUCCUGGGUGCAGUUCUGGUUCAUAAAAAGGAAUGAAAACCCUACACUGACAUCUGCUUUCCAGGGGCCUGACUCAGAUUCGUAACAACCGGGAAUGUUUUCACAGCAGCAUGGUAUUUAGCACUAAUCCUGGAGAGCAGUCAGAACCUCCACCAAGGCCUCCACCCAGCUUCAGCUGGGAUACUCCCACUUGAUGCUACUUGGUCAUUCAUGAGUUGUUUAAGGAGUCCCUGGCACUCCCGUCAGAAAAGGUUUUUUUAAAAAGAGCCUUCUCUCGGGUGUUGCAUACAAACUUUGAUCCAGAGACGGGUGUGAAAUGGACCCCUCUCCCCUUGUAGAUAGCAUUUCCUUGUACAAAGCACUUUACACUUUACUUAUAAAAGUCCGGAGACUGCUACGGCCUAGAAGAGAAGAAAAGGGUGUGAGCAGAAACAUCUGCAGAAACAGAAGCACUACCACAACCCGUGGCGAACGCUUUGCUUCUGAACGCUUGGAAAAGCUGUGUGACAGUGCAACAUCAAGCAUUGGGCGAGUACGUUUGCAUAAACCUCAGCUGCAGGCUUGAGGCUAAGAGUCAAAGACGCCAGCCAUCAUAAGACUUAAACAAACAAACAAAACUAAAUAAGACUAGACUUUACAAUAAGAAGAAGAAAUCCUAAGUGUAGAAAUAUGCUUGCAUAAAGAGGUCUCAGACUUGCUAAGAAGCUCAUUUAUUUGCAAUGCACGUGUAUACACUUCAGAAGUUGUCCACACAGAAUUUGUGUUUAGUAUUUAAAUCUGACCAUUGAAAUGCUUUUCCUCCUUGUCCUUAUUAGCAGUAUAUGGUCAACUGUUACCCCACUGUUCAACACACCUUUUGUGAUGAUUCAUCAAAUUAUGAAUUUCUCAUUAGAAUUCAUUUUCAGUAGCAACGUGUGACCACUUGUACAUACAGUUUCUUCUGUACUUGGAUAGACAAAACCUGAACCACAGUGCUAUAAGAUUUUCACAUCCACAAAAAAAAAAAAAAAAAAAAGUCCUAAGGUCCUGUGGACUUGCAAAAUAUAUAUAUGUUGCUUUGUUAAUUUGUUUUUAUAUUUCAUGUAUGUAAUAAAGGAAUAUGAACUCCUUA